UUUUCAAAACAGCAAUGCUUGAGUUAAAUGAGCGGCAGACUGCCAAAUUCAUCAUGCAAAAAAUAGAAGAAGUGCUGAUUGAUUUUGAUAUCGCAUUUGAACAAGUGUUCACGGUAACGUGCGACAACGGGGCGAAUAUGCUGGCAGCAAUCAAAGAGCUGGACAAGCAUGUCCAGCUCCUUAAGGCCGAAAAAUUAAUGCUGGAUGAAGAUAAUGAGGAUUACGGGGAUAGCGAUGAACUACUUUCCAACUUAAUGGAUGAGCUUUCGACCAAGGUGAGCCAAAUCAGAUGCGCGGCUCAUACAUUACAAUUGGCGGUAACGGAUGUUAUCAGAAGUACAGACAGCAGAAUCCGCAGCAUCACCACUGUAGCAAAGCACUGCAGGAAAAUUGCUUAUAAACCAUCAUUCAACUUGAAAAAUGUUCCGUUGCCUCCACUGUAUGCCCAUACGAGAUGGGGUGGGGUUUACGACAUGAUUCUCAACUUUUACGAGCACGAGGAGUUUUAUAAAGAACUGGGAAAUCAGUUCAAAGAACUAGAUCUGUCGGAGUACUGGAGCUUCAUUCACGACUAUAAAAAUGCGUUCGAACCAGUUCGAAUCGCCACCAACGUGUUGCAAGAAAAACAUGUGUCUCUGGGCGAUUUUUAUAUCCACUGGCUUCGCUGCAUGAUGAUGGUUAAACAACAAGCUACGAAUAACCUGGCGAAGUCUUUAGCAGCUUCGUUACAAACCAGACUGCAGCAACUGAAGCAAAAUUCGGUUUUCAAAGCGGCAUUGUUGACGGAUCCAAGAUUCAAUUAUAUAUCAUCAUCUGUUCUAAGUCCGGAUGAAAAGGAGGAAACCAGAAAAUUCAUCGUUGCUACAUCGGAAAGGAUCAAGUCAUUUGACAACACACAACCACAACGGGCAAACAACGCCGAUGAUAAAAACACGUCUACGUCCAAUUUGGAUGAUUUUAUGACGAGUUUGUUUGGAGUCCUUCCAGCAACAUCACAAUCAACAAUAGAAAACAUAUUUGAAAAGCAAAUUAAUGCUCUAGAUUUGGAAACGCAUCAAAACUAUAAGUAUAACACUUGGAAACAUUGGCUUGGUCGUAAAGAGACCCAUCCCGAGCUAUCAGCGGUGGCUCUCGCAAUUAUGGCUGUUCCGGCAACACAGGUAUCUGUGGAGCGAGCUUUCAGCGCUUUGGCACUGGUAUUAUCGCCAGCGAGAACAAAAUUAUCGGCUCAAAAUUUGGAAAGCAUUCUUUUAAUUAAAUUGAAUGAAGGAUUGUUGUCCACAACAAUUGCCAAUCUGUACGAUUGGAAAGAUUUCAAAGGUUUAAGCGCCUUAGUUGAAGGAUGAAGAUUUUGUAACGAACUGGUUUUGGA